AUGUUGCUUUCCAAAUCGCUGAUCCAGCAACAGUGGAGACGCGCCCGGUGGAUAAAGACACCAGCACUACUAGGUGCAGGGUCACUGGCAUAUUUGAUACAUGAGAACCAAGAGGAUGACGCCCGGUUGCUGGAGGAGGCGAGUUCCUCCUCCACUAUGCAAAUGCAAUUGCCAUUUCCGAGACUUCCGCAACCAAGUUAUGUGGCGUGUGAGUCCAUGAUUGGGCGUAUGCUGGCAAGACGACAAACUCUACUGCAUAUCGACGAUGGCAAAGACAAGCGAAAGCUACAAAGUGUCUACUCGGUGAAAUGGGAUUCCACUUUGGGAGAAGGAGGCUUCGGGGCCGUCUAUCCUGCAAUCGACAAGGUUACUGGCAAGAAGGUGGCCGUUAAAGUCAUUUCCAAAGAAUAUACAAACGAUGAUGGCUUUCGGCGCGAAAUGGAAGCCCUACUUCAGAUUCGGCGAUUGGGUGGUCAUCCAAACCUUUGCGGUUUGCAUGAGAACUUUGAUGAAGGUGGGAAAUUUUAUUUGACAUUGGACUAUAUUUCAGGUGGAGAAAUGUUUGAUCACCUUAUCAACUCUGGGGCAUAUUCGGAGGCUGAUGCGGCCCGUCUUAUUCGUGAGGUGGCAUCCGCCCUUUCCUUUUUGCACGGUUCGGAUAUUGUACACUGUGAUCUAAAGCCAGAAAACCUAAUGCUAAGCACUGCGAAUAGAAACGACUCGGUUGUAAAGAUUAUCGAUUUUGGAACUGCCCAAGUGUUGGACGAAACUGGCAAAGCUGCUGUUCCUUCUUCGGACCUGGGAACCACCGCCGCCUAUUGCCCACCAGAGGUACUAGUAGAACGAUCCUCCAAGAAACGACCAUCCAUGGACGUUUGGGCUAUUGGUGUAAUUCUCUACAUCAUGCUCGUCGGCGUUCAUCCCUUCGAUCCAGAAGGGAAUGCGACCGAAGAAGAAAUCGCCGAACGAGUUCUUAAGAUGAAGUCUUUGCCAAUGAAGAAUUCGCCCUACACAAAACAUUUAUCUGCUUCUGCUAUUGAUCUACUGGAGAAGCUUCUUUGCUGGGAUGAAGACAAACGACUCACUGCGGAUGACAUGCUUCAACAUCCUUGGGUGCAAGGCAUCACUGCAAAGAAAGAUAAGCUCGAGGAUGUGGCCAGUAAGCUGUCGAAUCUGAAAAAGUUCAAAAGUCGACUGGAAGCCAAGGUCUUUCAAGACUUUGUAAACUUCGCAGAUGGCAAUAAAGAUGCUGAAGGUGGUGACAAGAAAAUGUCACUAAUGGAACGAUCCUUUAAGAGGCUCGAUACUUCCUCCACAGGUUCCGUCACUACCAAAGAGAUUGGGAAAGGCUUAAACGAAGCAGUCGAUUCUGACGAAGAGGUUUCUCUUACUACCUUUACGGAUCUUCUUUCCGACCACAUGAAGGACUGUUACUUCAAGAAGGGCGAUGUUAUUUUCAAAGAAGGUGAUGAGGGAAAAGACAUGUUCUUUAUCAAUUCUGGCGUGGUGGAAGUGACCACCAGCAAAGGUUUCCGGACUGUGCUCUCGAACGGCGAUUUUGUUGGGGAAGCCGCAAUCUUGGAAAACGCCAAGAGAAACGGCACUGUCACGUGUAAUACACCUGUCCAUGCGAUUAGGAUCACAAAGGAAUAUUUUGAAAAGUAUCUUUCGGCUUCAGACUCGGAGCUGAACGUUCGAAUGCUAGAUACUACCAAGAACCGAACUUCAUCCCGGAAGAUCUUUAGUGGUUUCUCCAACCUUUUGGCCGAAAACGAAAGGAACAGGAAGUCCUUCAAGAAAGGCGAUGUGAUCUAUAAAGAAGGUGACAUGGGUAAUGACAUGUUCUUUAUUAAAAAAGGCGUGGUUUCUGUUGCCAACAAAGACGGUUUCCACACUACGUUGCAAGAAGGUAAUUUCGUUGGGGAAAUGGCUCUUGUGAACAACAAACCGAGAGUCGGAACAGUGACGUGCCUGACUCCAGUCGAAGGUGUGACAAUCCCGCGCGAGUACUUUGAAAAGUUCCUCAUUACAACGGAUACAAAUGUUCGAAUGAACAUGUACCGAGAAAACAAAGCACGUGAGAUGUCAAGAAUCCGAAUGAUGUUGCGGCAGGCUGGACACCUGCAUACAAAGAAGCUAAGGAAGGGAGAUGUUCUCUUCAAGCAAGGCGGGAAAGACAAAGCCCUCUAUAUUGUGAUAGAUGGCGAAAUUUCACGGUCCACUGGCCGCUUGUCUCUCACAAGAAACCACCAAGGAGACAUUAUAUCGGUGGUCACUCCCUCCUUUCGGACGCCCCUCGUGCAAUUUCCGCUCGAUGUAUCUCGAAGGAAUGCAGCGUGGUGGAGGUUGGACCAGAAGAUUUUAAAGAAGUUAAUGGGUCUUGCAACACUCUGA